AUACAGGCAGAGAAAUGGCGAUGGGUAGAGUAUUAUUGGCUUCCAUUUUGUUACUCCUGACGAUUUGCAGCGGAGCCCUGGCACGAGCUCCGCCUCCGGUAACCGAUGCGGUUCUUACUCAAGUGGCCAGUUCUCUGCAAAUGUUCGUCGAUGAACUGCCGGUGAUGCCCAAACUCCAUGGCUAUUCCAACGGACCCAACUCGCCUAAGCCCGGCAAUCUCGUCAUUGGCAUGUUUGAGAAGAAAUGGAAAUUCCACCGGGAUUUGCCAGUGACGACGGUCUUCGCAUUUGGCACUUGCCCAGAGGAGGCAACCGUACCGGGUCCCACAAUCGAGGCCAUCCAAGGUGUACAGACAUCCGUGACGUGGCAAAAUCAUCUCCCUGAAAGCCACAUCCUCCCGUGGGACCCGACUAUCCCCACCGCCAUCCCUAAAAACGGUGGGGUCCCAACGGUCGUUCAUCUCCACGGUGGCAUCCACGAAUCACAAGACGAUGGCCACCCCGACGCCUGGUUCACCUCCAACUUCAGGGAGACCGGGCCCACGUGGUCCAAGGCCACCUACACGUAUCCCAACAUUCACCACGCUGGUAACUUCUGGUACCAUGAUCACGCAAAGGGGUUGACACGUGUCAACUUGCUAGCUGGCUUGAUUGGUGCUUACGUCAUCAGCAACCCCGCCCUGGACGCGAAACUGAACCUCCCCUCCGGGCCGGAGUUCGACCGGCACCUGAUGAUCUUCGACCGGAGCUUCAGUAGGGACGGCUCCCUCUACAUGAACUACACCGGCGUCGUGCCGUCCAUUCACCCGCAGUGGCAGCCGGAAUACUUCGGCCACGCCAUCGUCGUCAACGGCAAGGCCUGGCCCUACCUGAAGGUCCAACGGCGGAAGUACCGGUUCAGAAUCAUCAACGCCUGCAAUGCUCGAUAUGUGUCGCUGUUCCUGAGCAACGGGCUCUCGUUUACCCAAGUCGGAUCCGACGGGUCCUAUCUGCCCGCACCCGUACAGACACAAACUGUUGUGUUGGCACCCGCCGAGAUUGCUGAUGUGAUUAUUGACUUCUCAACUUCAAGCGCCACCGAGGCUGUUCUGAAGAACGACGCACCGUACCCGUACCCGGUCGGUAGCUCCGUGGAUCAGCUGAACUCGGUGGUGAUGAAGUUCAUAAUCCCGCCAGGGAACCCGACCGAACCAGAUACCCCCAAGAUCCCAAGCAGUCUAGUGAGUUACCGAGCAACGGCGACAGUAGAUGGGGCGGCCAAGAGAAGGUAUAUCGUGUUCUACGAGUACACCACCCCGUCGGGAGACCCGACGCACUUCCUAAUAAACGGUAAGAAGUUCACCGACCCGGUGACGGAGACGCCGAAGUCCGGCAGCACAGAGGUGUGGGACGUGAUCAACUUGACCAACGACGAUCACCCGCUGCACAUGCACUUGGCCACGUUUCAGGCAAUCAAAGUGCAGGAGCUGGUGAACUUGGCCCAGUUCAACAGUUGUAUGACGACCAACAACGACGCCGUGGCAUGCAACGUGGCAUCCUAUGUAACAGGGAAAUUGACUGAAAUACCCCCUACAGAGAAAACGUGGAAGAACGUGGUGAAGAUACCCCCUGGAAACCAGACGACCGUGGUGGUCAAGUUCAAUCUGGUGGACACCAACUCCCCGUAUCCGUUCGACCCGACCGGAGAACCGGGCUACGUCUACCAUUGUCACAUUCUGGAACACGAAGAUAACGUGAUGAUACGACCACUGAAGUUGGUUUGGUGAUAAAGGAAAGAGAUGGAGAAGAGUUUGAUGUUUUGAUUUAAUGAUUUUGUUGUAUUGGUCAUGGACUCAUGGUUCUAUGCUUCUAUUGUAUUGUACCAGAAUUGAACUGAGAAUGGAUUUUGUUUUAUGAUAAAACCAGGAGCAUAACAAUAAAGUGCG